AUGCCCGGCGCAAUAUACCCUCCCCCGGAUUCCAAUAUACGCACCCUUGACGAUGGACACCCAGGUCUACAAAAGAUCCGGAAACCCUUAGAUCUCUACAACGCCGCCAGAAGCAGCGCAGCCAAGACCAGCCCAGUCGGUCAACUUGGACAGACUCAAGCCGUGAACAUGAUCCUCCAGGCCUGGCAAAUUCCUGCACACGAGAACAGGAGGUACAUCUGCGCCUGUCUUCGUGACAGCAGAGGAUGCGUUCCUCAAGUGCAGAACCUACAAAAGAGGCUGGCUGGUGUGCGGUUCCUCAUUUGA